GCCAGAGCAGCUGGAUAGCAGUAGUGAAGCCCACUCUCUGGGGGAUGCGGCCAAUCUCCAGGUUUCCUGGGCCGCAAUUCCCGAACCUUAUAGGUUGCUGGCCGAGGCGAGGCCGCUGUCCUCGGCUCCGUGGAUCUCUCGACGGCGCCCGUGACGAAAUGUAAAUGAGCGAAGAUGGAUCAAGAAGGUGGGGGAGAUGGACAGAAGGCCCCGAGCUUCCAGUGGAGGAACUAUAAGCUCAUUGUGGAUCCUGCGUUGGACCCAGCUUUGCGCAGGCCUUCCCAAAAGGUGUACCGCUAUGAUGGAAUCCACUUCAGUGUCAACGACUCAAAGUAUAUUCCAGUUGAAGAUCUUCAAGACCCCCGUUGCCACGUCAGGUCCAAAAACAGAGACUUUUCCCUCCCAGUCCCUAAAUUUAAGCUGGAUGAGUUCUAUAUUGGACAGAUCCCACUGAAGGAAGUGACCUUUGCAAGGCUGAAUGACAACGUCCGGGAGACCUUCCUGAAGGACAUGUGCCGAAAGUAUGGUGAAGUGGAGGAGGUAGAAAUCCUUCUUCACCCCCGUACUCGCAAGCACCUGGGCCUGGCCCGCGUGCUCUUUACCAGCACUCGGGGAGCCAAGGAAACGGUCAAAAACCUCCACCUUACCUCUGUCAUGGGUAACAUCAUCCAUGCCCAGCUCGACAUCAAAGGACAACAGCGAAUGAAGUACUAUGAACUGAUUGUCAAUGGCUCCUACACUCCCCAGACGGUGCCCACUGGGGGCAAGGCCCUGAGUGAGAAGUUCCAGGGCUCCAGUGCGGCCACUGAGACGACUGAGUCUCGCCGCCGCACCUCCUCUGACACAGCUUCCUACCCAGCAGGCACUGCUGUGCUGGGGACCCCUGGCAACGGCACCCCCUGCUCCCAGGACACAAGCUUCUCUAGCAGCCGACAAGACACCCCGUCUUCCUUUGGCCAGUUUACCCCGCAGUCCUCCCAAGGAACCCCUUACACGUCUCGGGGCAGCACCCCCUACUCUCAGGACUCUGCCUACUCCAGCAGCACUACUUCAACCUCCUUCAAGCCCCGGCGGUCGGAGAACAGCUACCAAGAUUCCUUUUCCCGUCGCCAUUUCUCUGCUUCCUCGGCCCCCACGACCACCUCUGCGGCCAUCUCAGCCACCACUGCAGCCACCUCCACAGCCUCUUCCUCAUCUUCGUCAUUGUCCUCAUCCUCCUCCUCCUCCUCCUCCUCCUCGUCUUCUCAUUUUCGUGGUUCUGACUCAAACUACCCAGCGUAUUACGAAAGCUGGAAUCGCUACCAGCGCCAUGCUUCCUACCCAGCUCGUCGGGCAACUCGGGAGGAGCCCCCCGGGGCCCCUUUUACUGAAAACACAGCUGAGCGCUUCCCACCUUCCUACACCUCCUACUUGCCCCCUGAGCCCAGCCGGCCCACUGACCAGGACUAUCGGCCUCCAGCUUCAGAGGCUCCGCCCCCGGAGCCACCAGAACCUGGUGGAGGUGGAGAUGGCAGCGGUCCCAGCCCUGAGAGAGAAGAAGCCCGUUCCUCCCCGCACCCAGCCUCACCUGCCCGUUCCGGCUCCCCAGCCCCAGAGACGACCAAUGAGAGUGUGCCCUUCGCUCAACACAGCAGCCUGGAUUCUCGCAUCGAAAUGUUGCUGAAGGAGCAGCGCUCCAAGUUUUCUUUCUUGGCCUCUGACACGGAGGAAGAGGAGGAUAACAAUAGUGCAGGUGCUGGGGCUAGAGACACAGGGAGUGAGGUGCCUUCUGGGUCAGGUCACGGGCCCUGCACACCACCUCCAGCCCCGGUCAAUUUUGAAGAUGUGGCACCUACAGGGAGUGGUGAACCAGGGGCUGCCAGGGAGUCUCCCAAGGCCAAUGGACAGAACGAGGCUUCUCCAUGCUCUUCUGGAGAGGACAUGGAGAUCUCCGAUGACGACAGGGGUGGCUCACCCCCUCCAGCCCCAACACCUCCUCAGCAGCCUCCUCCCCCUCCCCCUCCCCCUCCUCCUCCCCCUCCUUACCUGGCUUCUCUUCCUCUUGGUUACCCUCCCCACCAACCUGCCUACCUCCUCCCACCCCGACCUGAUGGUCCACCUCCCCCCGAGUACCCCCCACCUCCUCCACCGCCCCCCCACAUCUAUGACUUUGUGAACUCCCUGGAGCUCAUGGAUCGACUUGGGGCUCAGUGGGGAGGGAUGCCCAUGUCCUUCCAGAUGCAGACUCAGAUGUUGACCCGGCUCCACCAGCUGCGGCAGGGCAAGGGAUUAACUGCAGCCUCUGCUGGUCCCCCUGGUGGGGCCUUUGCGGAGGCUUUCCUACCAUUUGCACCCCCCCAAGAGGCAGCCUAUGGCUUGCCCUAUGCUCUGUAUACACAAGGGCAAGAAGGUCGAGGGGCAUACUCCCGGGAGGCCUACCACCUGCCUUUGCCUGUGGCAGCCGAGCCCCUACCCUCCUCAGUCUUGGGAGAGGAGGCCCGGCUGCCUCCCAGGGAGGAAGCGGAGCUGGCAGAGGGCAAGGCCCUUCCGUCAGCAGGCACCGUGGGCCGUGUGCUGGCCACCCUCAUCCAGGAGAUGAAGAGCAUCAUGCAGCGCGACCUCAACCGCAAGAUGGUGGAGAACGUGGCCUUUGGAGCCUUUGACCAGUGGUGGGAGAGCAAGGAGGAGAAGGCCAAGCCAUUCCAGAAUGCAGCCAAACAGCAAGCCAAGGAAGAAGAUAAAGAGAAGAUGAAGCUUAAGGAGCCAGGCCUACUGUCCCUCGUAGACUGGGCCAAGAGUGGGGGUACCACAGGCAUCGAGGCCUUCGCCUUUGGGUCAGGGCUACGGGGGGCCCUGCGGCUGCCUUCCUUCAAGGUAAAGCGGAAAGAGCCAUCAGAAAUUUCUGAAGCCAGCGAGGAAAAGAGGCCCCGGCCCUCCACCCCAGCGGAGGAAGAUGAAGAUGACCCCGAGCGAGAGAAGGAGGCUGGAGAGCCAGGACGUCCGGGAACCAAGCCCCCAAAGCGAGAUGAAGACCGAGGCAAGGCCCCGGGCAAGCACCGGGAGUCCUUUGCCCUGGACAGCGAAGGGGAGGAGGCGUCCCAGGAGUCCUCCUCAGAGAAGGAGGAGGAGGAGGAGGAAGAUGAAGAGGAUGAAGACCGAGAGGAAGCCAUGGAUACCAAUAAGAAAGAGAUAGUGACAUCAGAUGGCGAGGACGAGGAAAGCGAUUUGUCCUCCAAAUGUUCUCUGUAUGCUGACUCAGAUGGCGAAAAUGAUAGUCUGUCGGACUCCGAGAGCAGCAGCUCGCCCAGCUCCUCCUCGUCCUCCUCAUCCUCCUCGUCGUCGUCGUCAUCCUCCUCCUCCUCCUCAUCUGAGUCCUCUGAAGAAGAAGAAGAGGAAGAGGAGCAGCCAGCCACGAAACCCUCGGCCUCCUCGCCCCCCAGAGAGGGCCCAGCACCUCUACCAGCACCUGUAGAAGAGCCCGAGCCAGAGAGAGGUGCCGGCUCCCCAGUCCCGCCCCGCCCUGAGCAGGAGAGGUCGCCUGCCAGACCUGCAGGUUCCAGUGAGGAACCACCUCCCAGUGUGCCCCAGCCUCCUCCAGAGCCACCAGCUGGGCCCCCAGCUCCUGCCCCCCGCCCCGAGGAGCGCCCCUCCUCUCCUAUCCCCCUCCUGCCCCCACCCAAGAAGCGCCGGAAAACAGUCUCCUUCUCUACCCUGGAGGAGGCCCCAGCCCCAGAGCCUUCCCCAGCUGCCCCGCCACAGGUCAAGGCCCCUGGCCCUGUCUCUCGCAAAGUCCCACGAGUUGUGGAGCGAACCAUUCGCAACCUGCCGCUGGACCAUGCAUCUCUGGUCAAGAGUUGGCCCGAGGAGGUAUCUCGAGGAGGUCGGAACCGGGUUGGAAGCCGAGGCCGCUGCACCGAGGAGGAAGAGGCUGAGCCAGGAACGGAAGUGGACCUGGCGGUGCUGGCCGACCUGGCCCUGACCCCAGCCCGGCGGGGGCUGCUGGCCCCACCCUCUGGAGACGACUCAGAGGCCACAGAGACACUGGACGAGGCUGACCGACCGGGCCCCCCACUCAGCCACAUCCUCCUGGAGCACAACUAUGCCCUGGCCGCCAAGCCCGCGGCCUCCAUGCUGGCCUCUCGGCCCCCGGAGCCAGCUCCAGCCCCCGUGGCCCUCUUCAGCUCCCCAGCAGAUGAGGUCCUGGAGGCCCCCGAGGUGGUGGUAGCUGAGGCCGAGGAGCCAAAACCGCAGCAGGAGGAGGAAGAGGAGGAGGAGGAGGAGGAGGAGUCGUCUGAGAGCAGCAGCAGCAGCAGCAGCGACGGGGACGGGGCCCUGCGGCGGCGCAGCCUGCGCUCCCACGCCCGGCUCCGGCGGCCGCCCCCCCCCCCCCCACCCCCCCCACCUCCCACCUUCGAGCCCCGCAGUGAGUUUGAGCAGAUGACCAUCUUGUAUGACAUUUGGAACUCAGGCCUAGACUUGGAAGACAUGGGCUACCUGCGACUCACAUACGAGCGGCUGCUGCAACAGACAAGUGGAGCCGACUGGCUUAACGACACCCACUGGGUCCAUCACACGAUCACCAACCUGAACACUCCAAAGCGCAGGCGGCGGCCCCAGGAUGGGCCCCGUGAGCACCAGACAGGCUCCGCCCGCAGCGAAGGCUACUACCCCAUCAGCAAGAAGGAAAAGGACAAGUACCUGGAUGUGUGCCCCGUCUCGGCCCGGCAGCUGGAGGGAGUGGACACUCAGGGGACUAACCGUGUGCUGUCGGAACGCCGGUCUGAGCAGCGGCGGUUGCUGAGCGCCAUCGGCACCUCGGCCGUCAUGGACAGCGAUCUGCUGAAGCUGAACCAGCUCAAGUUCCGGAAAAAGAAGCUCCGAUUUGGCCGGAGUCGGAUCCAUGAAUGGGGUCUAUUUGCCAUGGAGCCCAUCGCAGCCGAUGAGAUGGUCAUCGAAUACGUGGGUCAGAACAUCCGCCAGAUGGUAGCCGACAUGCGGGAGAAACGCUAUGUGCAGGAGGGCAUCGGCAGCAGCUACCUGUUCCGGGUCGACCACGACACCAUCAUUGAUGCAACCAAGUGCGGCAACUUGGCGAGGUUCAUCAACCACUGCUGCACGCCCAACUGCUACGCCAAGGUGAUCACUAUCGAGUCGCAGAAGAAGAUCGUGAUCUACUCCAAGCAGCCCAUCGGCGUGGACGAGGAGAUCACCUACGACUACAAGUUCCCGCUGGAGGACAACAAGAUCCCAUGUUUGUGCGGCACCGAGAGCUGCCGGGGCUCCCUCAACUGA